CUUUGUGUGAAUGUAGGAAAUGCAACAAUAAAUGUUUAUUUUAAAAUAAUGACGUGCGGAGAUAGUCACACAAAAUAAAAUAAAGUAAAUUAAAAGUGGGUACGGUCUCUAUUGAUUUUCUAGACUUCAGUGUAGUAAGAUCUCUUAUCAAAAGUAGUUCGUAGUAAGGCACACAAUUAUGAAUACAAAAAAGAAUAAUUUAUACGCGAAUAAAUAUCGCCUAAUUGGCAAUGAGUUUUACAAAUCAUCAAAAUACUUUGAAGCGUUACGAUUUUACAAUAAAAGCUUGUGCCACGCAACUCCAAUGUCUGAAGAAUUUGCAUUGAGUCUUGCGAAUCGAUCAGCUGUUUAUUUUGAAAUCGAAGAAUAUGAUGCGUGCAUGGAAAACAUUAAAAUGGCAAUUGAUUUUGGAUAUCCGAUAGAUAAAGUGAAGAAGUUACAUGAGAGAUACGACAGAUGUGCUGAGCUAAUUGAGUGCUUUAAAAAGAAUUCAGAAAAUGAUCCAUGGAAUUUCUUCAGACUGUCAUAUCCAGCAAAUCAACAAAUACCAUACAUAAUUGAUGGUAUUGAAUUAAAGGAAUCAAAAAAGUACGGUCGUCACUUAAUUACAACGAGACAGCUGAAUGCUGGUGAUAUCAUAGCUAUCGAAAAACCAUUUUACAAGUUUAUUAUGAACAAUUCAAGAUUCACGCAUUGCGCAAAUUGUUUAAAAAGUGAAAAAUUAAACUUACUUCCGUGCCACAAAUGCAAUUAUACAAUGUAUUGUUCAAAGCAGUGCAUGUCAAUAGGACAUCGAUUUCAUCAGUAUGAAUGUGAUAUUGACAUGAAAAUCGACCAAGAUAGUUGCAUCUUUCAAAUGUGCCAUCGUGUUGUGUUUGAGGCAUUGGGGAUAUUUGGAAAGAUUGGCAAACUCAAGGCAUUUCUCGAAGCAAAUUCUAAGCCUAGAACUAUUUUUGAUCAUGUCAUGUCAUGCACGUCAAGCAGAGGAGACAAAGAAAAAGAAAAGAAUCUUUUAUUAGCCACACAUUUCUUACAGCGAAAUCCUAUUCAGUCACAAUUAGAGGAACCAAUGGAAAAGCAUUGUCAGCUCAUGAUGUCAAUAACUGAUAAUGUUGAUAACAAGAAGUUUCUUCAUGACUUUAUGAGACAUCAAAUGGGAUUAAUUAUUACAAAUUCAUUUGGAUUAAUCGAUAAUUCCGAGGAAGUUGGUGCUGGGGUCUUUCCAUUUGCUUCUUAUUUCAAUCACAGCUGUGCACCAAAUGUCUAUCGAAUAACAUAUGAAGGAAAACUUAUUUUCAUUGUGAUAAGGCCAAUCGAAAAGAACCAGCAGCUGUUUGUCUGUUACCGUGAAAAUUUCUUCUACACAGACCUCGACGCAAGACAGAAAGAAAUUCAUCAUGCUUACAAAUUCACGUGCAAUUGCGAAGCAUGCCGGAAUAAUUACGCAACUCUUGAUAAACUACCGAGACAUGAUGCAAAAGUUAAAAUUUCUUCGUCCAAUUCCCUUCCAUUAGACACAAUAUUAACGGAAUAUGAGAAAAAUUGUGAUUACAUCAAUGCUAAUUACCAAAAAUAUCCAUCGUACGAAAUAUGCAAAUUAAUUGAGAGAAAUUAUGACCUUUUGAGCUUUAUCGUGUGUGUUGCUACAUCAUGUUUAAACUUUACAGCUGACGAGUGAACUGAUUUUGUUGUUGUGUAAAAAAAAUUGCAUAAAAAUGAUAAAAAAUUAUUUUCUCACUUUUAAUUUCACUAUUUUGAAUUACUUUCAACAAUAUUAUAUAUAAUGGAAAUACUUAGCAUAUGUGUGAAAGAGAAUAAAUUGAUGACGUCAUGGUCAAUGGUGAUCUAUGAAAGCGCAUUUUUCAUGCAAACAGUUUUGAAAUUCUCAGUUAAAUCAUGUCUGACUUGAUAAAUUUUAAAAUUCUUAAAGAUACAAAACUUUCGUUAAAAAAUAACUGUCA